CAUUCUGCCCCCAACCCACCCAUCUCUGCUUUCCUUUCCCCUAACUGUCAGCCUUCUUACCAUUCUCUUGGGCACAUCUCCUCCACCAUCCUUUUGAGGUCUGCACUUACCCAAUCCCUGUAAUGAGCUAAUUGCUCUUUCUAUAUUUCCCUUGGUAUUGCCACUUGCUCUGGCUCCUCACUUCCUCUGCUUUUAGCUUGGUCCCUCUCUCUCCCUUCCCCUAUCAUCUUACCUUUCUCCCAUCCCUUGUCCUUUUCUUUCUCUCAAGUACAUCUCACAGGCAAUACUCCCCCCAACUGCUUAUUGUUCUGCUUCUCCAUGUCCCUUUCAUUCUCAUUUACCCCCUCUCUUUCACUAUCCCAACCUGCCUUUCCUCACAACCAGCUCUACUCCCAUCUACCUUCCUCUCUCUGCUACUCAUCUCUUUCCCAUCAUCUUCCACUGUCUCCUCCUACCCUACCCCAGUGUAACCCUGCCUUGUGUGUCUGUGUGCUCUUGUUGGUUCAUCACUUCACAUUACUUUUUUGUCUCUCUUCUCCUGACCACCCACCCCCUACCCUUCACCUGCUUCAUCCCCACCUCCGUCUCCCUUCUCUCUAGUACCGCUCUUCUCUUCACUAACUCUUCUAUCACGAUUUUCUUUCUCUUUUUCAGUCGGUCUUUAACCUUUCCAGCUCUAUUUAUCCUUCUUCUCUUCUUUUCUUUAUCUGCCUGUUUCCUUCUCCAAUUGAUUAUCCGUGUUCCUCUUGUUCCUGUCCAACCUGUCUACUACAUUUUUUUAUUUAUUUUCUUCCCCUUAAAUCUCAUCCCUGCUAGCUAUAUUUGCUUGUCUUCCCUCACAUACUAUUGCUCCUUUCCCUCUCAUAUAACAAAGCACUGCUGGUUCCCCCCUUCACUCAAUGUAGUACAAAGUCUUUUCUCAUUUUCUGAGUGAAGUCUUGCAGUUUAUGAACCUUCCCUGUACCUCUAAUUACCCAUUCUUUCUUUUCCUCCUCCCAGAUUUUGCUCCCAUUCUGACCUCGCUUCUAACUUUAUUCUCUUCAUUCCUUCCUUUUUUUCAUCUUUCCUUCUUUGUUGUAAUUAUUUCCAUGUGUAGCUUUUAUUUCCCUCCAUCCUGAUGUCUAUCACUCACUUCUCCUCUCUUUUGUGGCUUUCAUGUAUUCCCCUUCCUAGCCAGGCCAGUGUUGUGCAUAGAGUUGCUCCUGUGUGCAGCAGGGAGGGGCAGUGUGGCAGAGCGACUGGCUGAAUAAUAACCAUUACAGCGGCGAGGCAGCAGCAGCACAUUUAGAAAGGCAGAGCACCUUCCCAAGAUACCACACAACCUGCCCGAGGUGCAGUACCACCAAUGUGUGGUAAUGGUACCACAAAGAGAGGAAUUCAUACUGCAGGACUGAGGCACAGUGGCAAGUUUCUUGUGUUGGAUAAUCAUCCAAUCGUACAAGACGUUUGCCAAGCUUGGAAGAUCACGGGAUGCACAGCAAUACCUGGACUGGUGAGACAUGCAGGGAUUAGUGUUCAACAAAUGCGUUUCUCUUAAAAAGCUCAAAUAUCAGAUCCCCGGGACAUACACAGAACACUGACACACAACGGCUGAAUGGAAAAAAUUCCUAAGGCACCCCAGACAUCUCCCGGCAGUGUUGUCUCUUUAAGAGGGCCCAGCGCGCCAGGGUCUCCCUCUUCCAUCACUGCUCGGAUGGAUAGUCGGGUUCUGGGGUAUAAGGAUCUGGCUGCCCUCCCUCGUGAUAAGGCCAUUUUAGAUAUUGAGCGUCCAGACCUGAUGAUAUAUGAACCACAUUUCACCUACACUGUUUUAGAGAACACAGAAACUCUACGUAGCCGAGAGCGUUCCCUGUCACCCAAGUCCAUUACACCACCUCCAUCCCCUGAGGUUGCAGCACUUUGGGCUGAGACCAAAUCUACGGCGAGUGGCCCAGUUGCGCAUGGAGCUCGUGGGGGAACCAGCUCACCAAGAGGAGGGGUCCAACAUUUCCACUGCCCAGAGUUGUCUCAGGCUGAGCCUAAUUUAUAUAAGAAGCCACCAAUCUACAGACUGAAAGAAUCAGGAAUCCUACAUAGACAGUCCGAUGACCCCAUCGUCGAAUCAUCAAAGUUUCCAGCUGCAAAACCACCCGACCCCAACCAGCCUGCAAAGAUUGAGACAGACUACUGGCCGUGCCCACCUUCCUUGGCAGUAGUAGAGUCCGAGAGACGUCGUUCGAAGUCCAAAAGUGGCGAUGAAGAGAGUGAAGAAGGAGAGGAUGUGAAAGACCUACUGAACAUGAAGCUAAACAAGAUCCAGUCUAAUCUGGGAAAACUCAUUAUGAAAGAAGAAAUGCAGAAAGGUGGCACCCCAAAGAGGAAGACUCGCUCCCUGCCUGACCGGACACCAAUCUAUACACCAGUACAUUCUGGCUAUGGGUACGGAAGGAGCAGCUUAACAAGGCUUCUGUCUGCAGAGUUUCCAACUUCAGAUCGUCCCAAAGAAAGUGCAGCAUUUCAGGUAAGCAUGCCAAGGAAUCAUUUGAGUGAGAAGUUGUCAGUGACUACAACAUGCAAAUCCUCUGGCAAUAUUUAUUUCCCACAGAAUGGUGAAGGUCAACGAUCACGGAUGGACCGAGGCAAUUCCCUUCCCAGCAUGCUGGAACAGAAGACCAUUCCUUAUGAUAUGCUAAUGGUGACCAAUAGAGGGCGUCAGAAACUGCCUCCUGGGGUUAACAGGACUCAGCUGGAGAAGUACCUGUCCCCUGAAGAUUUCCAGCGUCUCUUCUGUAUGCCCAUGGAGGAAUUUGUCAAACUGCCUCUGUGGAAGAGAAAUGAGCUCAAAAGGAAGCAGCUUCUGUUCUAAACAUACGUGGGCCAUAUCUGCCCUUCACCUCUAACAAGGAGGUGGUAAAGCAAGGAGAUGCCACCUCAGCUUCUGUGCAGUCUGAGGGGGAGAGUGAGAGCGUGACAAGCGUGUCUGAAAUAAGUGGCUCUACUAUUAUUAAGUGGCUCUAUGCUGAAAGGAAACUUCAGUGCUCCUUGUAACAAACACACCCUUCAUCUGAGACCAUGUUGUUUUCUCAAGGGCCCAUCUUUUAGACAUAUCAUCAGGUACCUCACACCAUAUUUUGGUCCAGUACCAUCAAAUACUCACACACUUGUACAGGAACCUGUUACUAAACCUAAAUAAAUAAGAUUUAUAUCUCACAUAUAACCUGACCUAUGACCUCACCAAUGAAUCUUCUGUGUGGAAUCUUCUCCUUCAUAAAUAUCAUCAUUCUCUUAGCAAGGUACAUACACUUCUAUAAUGUUACUACAAUAUUAGCAUCAGACAAAGCACUAAACAUGCAAUAUACUAAGUGGAAUCAUGUUUUAUAUAUUAUUACAUUACAUUCAACAUUCCCACCACCGCUUGUCAUGCACAAUAGAAGCAUCAGUUACUUUUGUAGGAUCCUUUAGAAGCUGUCACUGGUCUGGGGAACAAGAUGCUGGGCAUGUAAUCACAACAUAAAUAAAGCAUUUACUAAUUAGGGGUGGAGGUGCUAUUAACUAUUGUUGUAAGCUGCCAACGCUGUGCGUGUUUAAUGGGUGAGUGCUUUCACUUUACUGCAAACAAGUCAUCUCCGUUCAGUGAAAUGGACAUUAUGGCAAAUCUGGAACCAGCAUUUGCCCAAAAGGACAGUGUAAAACUUACCAUUGCUUGCUGUGUGCGGUUUGUGACCUUAUGGAAUUCUUUGGUACAUGCUUUUCCUCAUUGAGACAUUACACCUCACGUCAAGUCAUCUCCUUACAACACAUUUGCCUCUUGUUUCAUCCAUCACUUUUCAUCUUACACUCCUGAAACUCCAGCAUUAACCACCACAUUUCCAUGUCACUUUUGGCCACAUCUCAUCUAGUUAAUUCUUUCUCCUCAACUGCCUGAAGUCAUCCUUCAAGUUGCUUCACCAUAUGUGACUCCCACAGAUGUUCCCUUCACCAAAAAUGUUGACUCCCUUAUGUGCCUCAUAUAUGUCAAGUCUGUCUUCUACAUGUCUCGUGUCCUUUUUCCACGUGGAAGCUUUUUUCCCAUGAAGUUUUGGCUUCUGAUGUAUAAUUAAUAUUAUUAAAAGUAAAUUAAUAUCCAA